CUAAACCAAGAUAUAAACUUAACAGAAACUAUCCCCAUUCCCCCCAAAGACUGCAAGCCCAACAUUUGGCCUGUUAACAGCCUGUUGGAACAGCAGCACCACCCCACACCACGACACACUCUCCCCCAGAAGAGUGGUCGGUCUUCCAACAUUGCAGAAGUGCAAUCAGAGUAGCGUGACUUUGUUUUUCUUUUGCUGUUUGGCUGGUACAAAAAGUGAAGGUUGAAAAAUUUCUGGAAAGGCAACAAUUAAUGCUCUGAUAAAGACAGAAAGAAAGAAAGACCACAGAUGUGGUGGCAUGUGGCAUGUGGCAGAUGCAACUGGCGACAGUCGCUGAUUGAAGUUCCGUUAAUAAUGUUGUCGAAGCGUUGCAAUGCCUCGAUAAGCGCUCUCGUUUUGACGCUAUAUUAUGUGGGCGUGGUGGUAGCCAUCGUCGGUGGUACUGACGAUUUUGUGACCAUGGGAAUGCGAAGGAGUAGGCGUGGCCCAACGAUCACGGAGCGUCCUGGUGGCAUGGUAAUGGAGGGCAUUGGUUUCCAGUACACAAUGCGCUACCAGCCGGGGUUCCAUCUGCACAAACUGUUCGCCCAGCCGCAGGCGGGGGAGCCAACAGCAGCGUCAUCGACAGAGAUGCCCAUGGCAACACCAGAGCCCCCAGCACCGCCGCCAGAGCCCACUCCAGAGGAGGAUCCGGACGAGCCAGAGCCCACGAUACCCAUGCGCACGACAUCCGCACCUGUGGAGCCCCUGCCCGAGGAAGUAUCGCCCUCACCACCGCCAGGAACGGAUGAGAUGAUGCCCAGUCCGACGCCUCCUCCGACUCCUCCGCCAGAGAUGAAGCCCACCAAAAGACCAACGAUGAGGCCACCUCCGGGGCCUCCUAUGUUGCCGUCCAGCACCAAGACCUCCAUUAUGCAGCCCCAGCAGACGAUCAAGAACCUCCUCUUUGGCUCCCCCAUCGAAGCGAAUCUCAUACUGAAGCAACCGAGUGCCCCCAAGUCGCGGGGCAAAGGCUUUCUCAGUCUGUUUGAGGUGAUCAAGUUUCCCAACACCAAAUGCAGCGUCUCCAUGGGCGACAUACGCACCAUGGAGGGUGUGUGCUACCACGAGUUCGAGUGCAAGAGCCUGGGUGGCAUUCCCACCGAAAGCUGUGCCGAGGGCGUGGGCGUCUGCUGUGUCUUUGUCAACGGAUGUGGCGAUGUCACCGGCCAGCAGAUCGUUUACUUCGAGAGCCCCAACUAUCCGAAUGCAGUGCGGGAGAUGAUGAUCUGUGUGCUGAUCCUCAAUGUGCGGAAGGGGGUGCAGCAGCUGAGAUUGGAUUUUCAAAUGUUUGAGCUUAGUCGCCCCACCAAUGGCGAUUGUGUGGACGAUCAGUUCAUAGUUUCAGGCCAUAAUACCAAUUUCCAGAUACCCAUACUCUGUGGCAUCAACACGGGCCAGCAUAUUUACAUCCACGUAGGCGACUCCAACGAGGGCAAAGUAUAUCUUUCUGUAUUCGUAAAAGUCUCCAGUGGUGGACGUUCUUUCAACAUCAAAGUCACCCAAGUGGAGGAUGAUCUGGCGCCCAAUAAUUGUCUGCAGUAUUUCACUGAAACAGAAGGAAUUGUCAAGUCCUUUAACUACGAUACAGAUGGCUCCAUUGUAGACAACAGAGAGGCCACAUAUUUUAACAAUCUAAAUUAUGCCAUAUGUCUGUCGCGUAUGAAGAAUGUCUGCAGCGUCAGCUACAACACAGAGCAAUUGGGCGGCGACCAGCCAGACUUCCAAAUUGUCAACAAAGAUGAAGCCGAAAACGAUCUCAUUUCUGAUGGCCAGGCGGGGGCUGGUAUCUUCAAUUGCCCUGACGACUUUAUAGCCAUCAAUUCAGUGCCGUUGUGUGGCGAGAGGUUCAAUGAUGGCCGAGAAACUGAAGAUUUUACGAUGCAUUCGACGGUGAGGGAUACGGCCGCCGGUCCCAUCAUCCUGCCCUUUCGCACCGAUGCCGAAUAUGUGGGUCGCGGUUUUCGUUUGCUCUACAGACAGGAACUGUGUGUCUGAUCUGGGAAUCAUCGCCAUCGCCAUCGCCAUCUCCAUGUCGAUUUCUAGUUCACAAGAGAGGCAUAUACACAGCACCAUGGCUGAUGGAUGAAUGGACGGAUGGAUGGAUGCCUUUCUGGCUUCAAAUACAAAAUUGAAUCUUUUACGCUUUGGUCAAAACUUGGGGGCAUUUGAUUUUGUUAUGGGAACGACAUCCAUAUCCGUUGCUUUGCCAGCACUAGGCUGCUGCCCCCGUGUUAAUGUGUUUUGUUGUUGUUGUGUGAUUUGGUGGCUUAGUUUUGGCGCCGCCCACCCACCGUCACGUCAUCACGUCACAGAAGGAGGCGUGUCCGGGUCUGGGUCCUCCGCAGGUUUGUAAGUUCACACACCAUUCGGUUCUCCCUUCUCCCUUGCACUUGGAGGUUCCAGGUCCUCCAAUCCGCGUUGGUGUUUGUUGACAGGUUUAUUUCAAAUUUGCACAUCUACCAAAAAAAAAAAAAAAUAUAUAGAUAGAUACUAUGACGAAAUCUAUAACUUGCCGCAUCGCCAUAGCGACGACGACUCCUCUACUGCGAUUUCUAUGCUUAAAUUUGUAAUAAAUUUGAUUUUUUCCUUUCGAUUGCAACGGAUGAUGUGAUUUUUUCUUUCCCCUUCGUUUUUUUGUUUUUUGGAUAUCCAACUGUCUGUUUGUCUUUGUGUUCGUUGGUUCCGUGAUAAAGUCACAAUUAACCCACGCCUUUUUCGUAGCGGUACUCUUGUCGGUACAUACAUUUGCAUAUCAUUUUGAUUGUUUCGCGAUUCGGUGGGGCUGAACCCGGGCGACAUCAUGACUAUCUAUCGCUUGGAUGACUGACUGACUGUAAAAGUGUGCACUAGUCGUUCCUCUGGUAACACCAACAACUAGACCAAAGCAAUCAUCAACCAGAGCCAGAGCCAGAGCCAGAGCUGUGCUGUCUACAACAACAAAUUACUUCUCGACCAACAAUAGACAAAUGAAAGAAAACCCAAAAAAAAACAACAAAGCAUAUUGCAUGCAAAAGUUUUUUGAAGUUUGUCAUCAAAUGACGUUUUGCGGAUACCUUUUCUGGGGACACACCAACUUUAUGUCGACUCUGGCAAAGAGGGGCAAGCGGCACAGUGGGGCUAGGAUACCAGAAAAUUAUGAUAGAAUUAAAGGGAAGUAUGGGGUUGUGAUAGUACAGGAAACGAGAUCAGAAUUA